UUUCAUUCUUUAAGUAUUAGAGAAUAUGGAAAUAGCUUACUAAUUCUGAAAGUUCCAUUUCUUCUCCCUACGGUCUCACUCCGCCGAAGCGCUCUGCAGGUUCCACGCAUCUGCAGUUUCAUACAACUCACAGCACCAGCCUCGACUGGGGAUGAAGAGAAACAGGCCAAAUUCGUGCGAGGGAACGGCAGACAGUCUUGGGAACUCCUGCAAGAAGCCAUCUCGCAACCCUCGUGAUGGCUCGCAAGGGGGAAGUCACAAGAAGGCUGCUGCUGCUGCCAAAGUAGGACGCUCACGAUUCUUUAAGAUCCAAGAAGAGUUGAAAUCUGACAGGAUGGCUCGAGAACGCAGAAGAACACUGGCUGAAGACUUGAUACUCUCCCUGCACUACAUGAAGCACGAUGCCGAGGUGACGUGCUUCCCUGAUCACGCCGCGGACCACUUCAGCCUGCCCGUGAACCUCCUGGAAAAAUAUCUCACGUACUCCUUCCAUCCCAGCAACACGUUAAGAAGGGAAUUCCAGCAGCUGAGAGAAUCACGCCCCGUUCUACCCACCACAGCUGCCCUCAGACCGAGCAACGCCUCCAAGAACAGGUCCCCGCAUAUAGUGGCAGGGGACCAGUAUCGCUGUGUGCUCCGGCCCGUGACACAGAGGACCCGGAGUGGGAAUCCUGUAUGGGACAUCCUCCGCAGGGCACACCUGGAAGACUACAUCAAUGCCACCGUCAUCAACACAGGAUACCAUGAGUUCAUCGCGACGCCCCACCCCAAGCCUGCCACCGUCUCUGACUUCUGGCGCAUGGUGGUGCAGACCCGAGCCUCAGCGGUGGUCAUGUUUCAAGCAACCCGCGCUGACCUCCAGCUCCCCCUGACCCUCCAGCACCAACAACAACACCACGCAUCCAAUCACUGCUGCCUGUCCCCGUCCCACCCACUGCCACUACCUCCUCCUCCUCUUCUGUCACCAGCUAACCCUCCCUUCCGCCGCCACUGUCACCUCACCAUUCUUUCACCCUUUCAUCCCAUUACCCAUCACUCCAUCACCCUGUUUUUCCCCAUUACCUUAUCACCCCAUCAACUCGUCACUCUCACCUCAGCAUUGCCUCCCCAGACUGAAUUCCCGAGGUACUGGCCAACGAUAGGCGAGGAGAGAGUCUUCUUAGGCACCACCACUCCCAUUGUGGUCACCCGCGCGCCCCCGGAACCCGCGUAUUCCUCUCACACAGCAGCAGAAGAGGCAGAGGGCAUGGGAAAGGGGGACAGUAAAGUAGGGGAGAUGGACACCGCUGGCUAUGUGAAUUUACUGAAAAACGCUUGGAUGAAAGAGAUUGAGGACACGAGGAUUAGUGGAAAGAGCGCAGGGGAGUGUAAGGGAGACGAAAAGCAGCAGCGCCUCCACGGACAUACAAAGAGGCCAUCAUCGAAGUGCGCCGCAGGGAGACGUGAGGCUGGAGAGGGGGCCGAGGAGCGCCGGGGAUAUCAGCUGGGACAGGGAAGAAAGACAGAUGGGAGACGCGUGCGGGAGGCGAAUGAAGAAAAAUAUCAAAGACGGACGAGGAGAAAGGCGACCACGAGAGAUGAAUUCAAGGAAGGCAAAGGCGGUGACCAGCGAUUCCAGGAGGGAGAGACAGCGGUGGAGGACUGGAAAACGAAAGACAGUGGAAAGGUGGAGCAUUACCAGUGGAAGGAGGAGAAGGAGAGGGUAAUAGUGGAGCAGGCGCAGGAGAGCCCACAUUACUUCCUGAGUCGCUUGUACUUGUGGGUAGGCGGCAGCAGCUGCAGUGGCAGGCGGCUGAUCCCUCACUUUCACUUCCCCGGCGGGCUGCGGGACCCAGGCGCCGUGCUGCACCUCCUCCACGCUGUCCUCUACAACCAGAGCGUCGUCACGGGGCCCGUUGUCGUCCACUGCCCGGACGGCGCCGACCUGUCCGGGGUGUUCAUGGCCUUGGCGAGACUCGUGCAGCAGGAGGUCAACAGGCGGAGAAAGGAGGACGAGGAGAGGGAGGAGGAAGAAGACGGGAAGAAGAAAGAUAAGGAAGAGGAGGGGUCUAGGAUUAUGAAUGGAGGGUCUGUGAACGUGUACGAGGCUGUGAGUCACGUUAGGCGGUACCUUCCUUGCGCCGUUCGUCAAUUGACGAGUUACAGGUUCCUGUAUCAGUGCAUGCACACAUUUCUGACAUCUCCGCCGGACAUGUUUGGCUUCUGGGUUGUGAGACGCCCCCUGCUGGACGCCAGACUGACCGCCCUUCGCCCUUAUUCCACCAAGAAGCUUCUGAGGAGAGUACAGAAGGAAUACCCAAGCCUGCUCCAGUCGAGAGAAGGUUACAAGCAGGACACAGAGGAAGGGAGUGACCUGCGUGUAACUCUCUUCCAGGAGGUGAUCAGGAGAGUGCAGAAGGAAAUGCGAGGAGGAAGUCGUGAGAAGAAUAGCCGGAGGGAGGAGGGCUGGACGGAGAAAGGACUGGAUGUAGGGUGUGAGUGAAGGUGGAAGGUGCAUGUGGCCAAGGGAAUAAAGAGUUAGGGAGUGAGGGCGGAAAGAUAGUUAAGGAAAAAGAAAGAGGAGAGUGAGGACGGUGAGUAAAGUGCAAAGAGUGGAGAUGGGGAGGGUGCGUGGCAGGGACUGGUGGUGGUGGUGGUGGUGGUGGUGGUGGUGGUGGUGGUGAUGGUGGCGGUGGUGGUGGUGGUGGUGGUGGUCGAUACCAGGCAGACACUUUUGUUGUUUUCCUGAGAGUAAGAUGACGGUAACUUUUUUUAAAACACGGAAGAAAAACACUGAACCGUAAAGGAACAUAACAUAGACUCGCUCACUCAUGGUUUCAGGAAUUCAAGGACACAUUACUAUCAUUAUUAUUCCUUUAUCAUUACCAUUUAAUUUGACGUAAUGUUUCAAAGAUUACCAGAAUAGAGAAAAAAUAAUGGAAUGGAAGUUUAUCUUAACUAAUACGUAUUUUUUAAUUCAUGUUUUCCUUCCUCUUUUUUUUUUUUGUUUCUGUUUUGGUUCAAUCAUUUUCCUUUCCCCCACGGCCAUAACUCGCCUCUCACUACAGUUUCAUAGACUCUGUAACGGAGGCGAUUCCAUUAAAACAUAUUCAGAAAG